GUGGCCAGGCCGGCUGGGGCGGGACACUGACUGGGGGCCAGACACGAAGCAGCUUCAAGCCCUGCCGGGUGGGUGAUAGCCGCUGAGGGCUCUGAGUGACCCUGCAGGCUGGUGGCCAGCCAACUGCCCAUCUCCCGCACCAUGUCGGACGGCGAGGGCCCCUCGGCCGAUGACAGCGCUUCUGCUGCAAGUAGCAUGGAGGUAACAGACCGCAUUGCCUCACUGGAACAGCGAGUCCAGAUGCAAGAAGAUGACAUCCAGCUGCUCAAAUCAGCUCUAGCUGAUGUGGUUCGGCGGCUGAAUAUUACUGAGGAACAGCAGGCCAUGCUUAACAGGAAAGGACCUACCAAAGCAAGACCCCUGAUGCAGACCCUGCCUUUAAGAACCACUGUCAACAACGGCACUGUGUUACCAAAGAAGCCCAGCGGUUCCCUACCAUCCCCUUCUGGGGUCAGGAAAGAAACCACUGUGCCAGCAACCAAAAGCAUCAAGCGGACCAGCUCUUCGGAAAGAGUAUCUCCUGGUGGUCGCAGGGAGAACAAUGGUGACUCCAAGGGAAACCGGAAUCGGACAGGUUCCACCAGCAGUUCUUCCAGUGGCAAAAAGAACAGUGAAAGCAAACCCAAGGAGCCCGUAUUCAGUGCAGAAGAGGGCUAUGUAAAAAUGUUUCUUCGUGGACGCCCCGUUACCAUGUACAUGCCCAAAGAUCAAGUGGAUUCUUACAGUUUAGAAGCAAAAGUAGAACUUCCAACCAAGAGACUCAAGCUGGAAUGGGUCUAUGGGUACCGAGGUCGAGACUGUCGUAACAACUUGUACUUGCUCCCAACUGGAGAGACUGUCUAUUUCAUCGCAUCCGUGGUGGUGUUAUACAACGUAGAAGAGCAGCUGCAGAGGCACUAUGCUGGCCACAAUGACGACGUGAAGUGCCUAGCAGUUCAUCCUGAUAGGAUCACAAUAGCAACAGGACAAGUCGCAGGCACAUCUAAGGAUGGAAAACAAUUGCCCCCGCAUGUGCGCAUCUGGGAUUCUGUGACAUUGAAUACUCUGCAUGUCAUUGGAAUAGGUUUCUUUGACCGAGCUGUCACCUGCAUUGCAUUCUCAAAAUCUAAUGGAGGAAGCAAUCUCUGUGCUGUGGAUGACUCCAACGACCACGUGCUGUCUGUGUGGGACUGGCAGAAAGAAGAAAAGCUGGCCGAUGUGAAGUGCUCUAAUGAAGCCGUAUUUGCUGCGGACUUCCACCCCACGGACACCAAUAUCAUAGUCACCUGUGGGAAAUCACAUCUGUACUUUUGGACACUAGAAGGAAACUCUCUGAUUAAGAAGCAAGGAUUAUUUGAGAAACAAGAAAAGCCAAAGUUUGUCCUAUGUGUGACUUUUUCUGAAAAUGGUGACACCAUUACUGGAGACUCAAGUGGCAACAUCUUAGUAUGGGGAAAAGGUACGAAUCGAAUAAGCUAUGCAGUUCAAGGGGCCCAUGAGGGUGGCAUUUUUGCACUUUGUAUGUUAAGAGAUGGCACACUGGUGUCAGGAGGUGGCAAAGACCGAAGGCUCAUUUCUUGGAGUGGAAACUAUCAAAAACUUCACAAAACUGAGAUUCCAGAACAGUUCGGCCCUAUACGGACAGUAGCCGAGGGGAAAGGCGAUGUGAUCUUGAUUGGCACAACGAGAAACUUUGUCCUACAGGGCACUCUGUCAGGGGACUUUUCACCCAUCACUCAGGGUCACACUGAUGAGCUUUGGGGACUGGCUGUCCAUGCCUCAAAACCUCAGUUCUUGACCUGCGGUCAUGACAAGCAUGCUACUCUGUGGGAUGCUGUUGGUCACCGGCCUGUCUGGGACAAAAUAAUAGAGGAUCCAGCUCAGUCUUCUGGUUUUCAUCCUUCAGGGUCUGUGGUUGCAGUUGGAACACUAACAGGCAGGUGGUUUGUGUUUGACACAGAAACAAAAGACUUGGUCACUGUUCACACAGAUGGAAACGAGCAGCUGUCUGUAAUGCGUUACUCUCCAGAUGGGAAUUUCUUAGCAAUAGGCUCUCAUGACAACUGUAUCUAUAUAUAUGGAGUUAGCGACAAUGGAAGGAAAUACUCGCGCGUUGGCAAAUGCUCAGGUCAUUCCAGCUUCAUUACUCACUUGGACUGGUCUGUAAACUCACAAUUCCUUGUGUCAAAUUCUGGAGACUAUGAAAUCCUUUACUGGGUUCCCUCUGCUUGUAAGCAAGUCGUAAGUGUGGAAACUACAAGAGACAUUGAAUGGGCUACUUAUACCUGCACUUUGGGAUUCCAUGUUUUUGGAGUGUGGCCAGAAGGCUCAGAUGGAACUGACAUCAAUGCUGUCUGUCGGGCCCAUGAGAAAAAAAUCCUGUCAACAGGCGAUGACUUUGGCAAAGUGCACCUCUUCUCUUAUCCUUGCUCCCAGUUUAGGGCUCCAAGCCACAUAUAUGGUGGGCACAGCAGCCACGUCACCAAUGUCGACUUCCUCUGUGAAGACAGUCACCUCAUCUCCACUGGCGGGAAGGACACGAGCAUCAUGCAGUGGCGGGUUGUCUAGCCCCCAGCGAGAACUGGGGAGUAGAAAGUGCACGGAAGACACAGACUCGCUUUACGCUUGGUCACUGUGAUUUCUGUUUUGUUUAAAAAAUUUUUACAAACCUCAGGAAAACUAUGCCCUCUGCCGGUUACCUUAGCUCAGUGAAUCAGCGAGCAUCACAUCGGAUAAGCAGUUCCGUUUUGCAGUUUGCUGUACAGUAUAUGAAACAGUGCACAUUGAAUAUGGAAAGAGGUUCCAAGGUUUACAUUGCGGUGACAUCAACAGAAGUAACUGGUAUAUCCUUAGUAACUUUUCUAUGAACUCUUCAAAAAUGGUCACAGAAUGCCUUUUAAAAUAUUGUAUAUAGUCUUUACUAUUUCACCAUCUAGCUUGCUAAGUCCAAUAUUUAUGACAAUAAUGAGGUACUGAACCGAGAGAGCUGUUGAUAAAUUGGUCCUAAAAGGAUAAAUUACUUGAGAAGAGAGUGAAUAACUGAUUUGCACAGGUGAAUCAGGAAAUGCAAUAUGAGACUAUAUUUGGUUGCAUUUUCUAAGGUUUCAUUAGAUCUCCCCUUGGGAGGCUCUGAGGAAGGGGUAGCAUUCUUCUUGUGUUAAGCAGAUUAUACUCCACAUUGACUUAAAUAUUUCAGCAGGGUGUGCAGGCAUUUCAGAGUUUCAGUUAGACUGUCCUGCCUAACCAAAUGCAGUCAGCCUCUUAACACCUAUGUGAAUUGCGUCCCUCUGUCCCUUGUUCACGUGCCCUGAUUAAUGGUGAGAUAAUUCACCAUUUUCUUCUGUGUAUUAAUUGGCAUGAUAUGAUAUUGUACUUGUAUAGGGUUUUAGCUAUUCAUAAUAAAUACGUAAGACUGGCUUUACUGUUUUAUGCUUAUGGACAGUGUAUAUUUGUAUUUUAUGACCAAGUAGACCAAGUCAGAAAUUAUCUCUUGAGUAUAACAUAAACCUGCAGAGAGGAGAAGUCUUGAAAGGCUUCACCAGGUACUAAGGGCAGCUUCUUUUUCUGUCUUUUGUGCAUGGACAACUUGUUACAGUAUGAAAUAAGAUUAUGUUCUGAUGAGUAAAAGAUAGUUGGCAUAAAUUUGUCAAGAAGGCCUUAUCCAUUUUGAUUGUGUGACAGAUUGAAAUUUAUUGUUUACAUUGGGGAAUGUAUCUCGGAUUUUUAAAUAGAAGAGUAAUAAACAGACUUUAAAACAAAUAUUAAGAUUUUUACUCGUUCUAGGCAAAUAAAUGAAUUGAAUUAUCUGAACUCUAAGGCACUGGUUGUUUAGAGUGGCUGAUUAAAUGCAACUUUUAGAAAUGUUUUUGAUGCCAUCACCAGCCUGCUACAGAAGUGCAGGGCACCAGUAAACAACUUGUAUUAAAGAAGAAUCUGUUUGUAUGUAUCCUUGUCAAAUAUAUUCUAUAAUGAAAUAAAAUCUGAAAAGUGGA